UCCACUUCACUUUCAGAGCGGAUUUGCCACAAUAGAGAGCCUAAUAACAAUUCAGUUUGUAUGGACCUACAUGUCAUUUUGAUAAAUUUAAUCUUUGCUGAUUUGAAUAAACUAAGGGGCAUUAAUUGGGUAGAUGUCUAAGAAAUAGCUUUAAUGGAUUUUCGACUAUAGAGGACAGUUGUAAGAGUAAGACACGGCAGUCUUUACAAAGUUGGAGAAAGUAUUUCCAAAAUGGGUCAGCGCCUAAGUGAGGAUAGUGACCAGGACAAGGAAAUUGAUGUGGCAGAGUUGCAGGAGUGGUACAAAAAGUUUGUUGUGGAAUGUCCAAGUGGAACUCUCUUCAUGCACGAGUUCAAAAGCUUUUUUGGUGUUACUCACAACAAGGAGGCUGCAGAAUACAUUGAACAGAUGUUUCGAGCCUUUGACAAGAAUGGAGACAACACGAUUGACUUUCUGGAGUACGUGGCAGCCUUGAACUUAGUGCUGAGGGGAAAACUGGAACAUAAGCUUAAAUGGACGUUCAAAAUGUACGAUAAAGAUGGAAGUGGAUGCAUCGACAAAACAGAACUUCUUGAAAUUGUUGAGUCUAUUUAUCGACUUAAGAAAGCCUGCCAUGGGGAACUGGAUGAGGAAUGCAAUCUACUGACUCCAGACCAAGUGGUUGACCGGAUAUUUGAGCUGGUUGAUGAAAAUGGAGAUGGCGAGCUCUCACUGGACGAGUUCAUCGAUGGAGCACGGAGGGAUAAAUGGGUGAUGAAGAUGCUUCAAAUGGAUGUGAACCCAGGGGACUGGAUCAACGAGCGAAGACGCAGUGCUGACUUCUAAUUCUGUCAUUCAACACAAAUCCUCUGUGCAUAUCCAAUGUCAUUACAACUUGAUAUCUAUUCCAAUCAGUGUGUAUAUUGCAAAACAGUCAUCCUGGCAUUGUACAGUUUACUAUACUAUCAUAUCAGAUUCAGAUAUUCAUCCACAACAGUUUUUGCUUUUGCUUGUAAAUAGCUUAUGUUACUACUCAUUUUUCGUCAAAUCCCAUAUUUGAGUAAUUGAGUAGUGUAGUAGUUUUACUGUAUCAUCUGCUAACUGUGGUCUUACAGGUCUGUUUAUGUGUCUGUAUUUUAUAGAUACUACAGAUCUAGGCACUUUUGUUUAGCCUAUUUCUUUGUAAAGAGCUUAAAUAUUAUUCAAUAAAACUUAAACUUGGACAAACA